GAUUGUUCAACCGCAAAGUUCAUUCAGAUUCUAGGAUCUACCCGUCCAUCAAGACACUUUUUCUGAGUGAUUGACAACAUGAGCAGUGUUGUGUUUCAGACAGGCUUCCAGGCCACCAGCUUUACUAUCCCAUAUGUCAGUCCCAUCUCUGAAGGACUACAAGCUGGAAAAGCCAUUUUCAUUCAGGGAGGUAUUCCCCUUGAGUCUGAUAGCUUUGUGGUAAACCUGAAGUGUGGUGAGGCUGAUGGAGACGACAUUGCCUUUCAGCUCAAGCCUGUGUUCAGCAGCAACAGCUUGGUCCUUAACAGCCGUCAAAAAGGAUCAUGGGGAAAAGAGGAGAAACUGGCCUUACCCUUACAAAAAGGGGGCAGCUUUGAUCUGAUUAUUGCUGUCCAUUCUGAAAACUAUCAGGUGUUUCUAAGUGGAGGGGAGGUUGGCAAAUUUAACCAUCGUAUACCACUGGAAAAAGUCACUGUUCUUGAUAUUGGAGGACAGGUUACUUUAACAAACGUAGUGUUCAUUGGGAGCUGGGCUGGCUCUAACAUCUUUGGCCAGGGCACAAUGACACAGGAGGGCAUGACGUUUGUACAAGGUCCAGUUGAAUCAGUCCAGUUGAAUCAGUCUUGGUGUUUUGGGGGUGCACCACAGGAAACACAAGUGAUUGAAACUCAAUGGAAUGUACAACCUGUUCAAGGAGAAUUUGAAUUUUCAAUCCUAAAUCCAGUACAAAACCCUACCCUUCCAUAUACGGGCCCAAUCGAUGGGGGGCUGAAAGCAGGAAAGGCCUUGUUCUUGCAGGGCGCUGUUGCUAGCAAUGCUGACAGGUUUACAAUCAAUUUUAAGACGGGGCGGUCAGACAAGGAUGACAUUGCUUUUAACUUCACGCCCCAAAUGAAGGGGAAAGUGGUCAUGAACAGCUUUAGGGCUGGAAAAUGGGAAACUGAGGAAUAUGGCCCUGAUAAUCCUUUUAAAAUGGGAGAACCUAUUCAGUUGUUCAUUGUCACCAAAUCUGAGGGUUAUGAGUUAUACGUUAAUGGAAGACAAUUUUACACGUUCAAGCAUCGUAUCCCGCUGGACAAAGUCACAGCGUUGAAUAUUGCUGGAAACGUUGAUGUGAACAUUCUUGGCUUCAUAGAAAACUGGACCACAUUUUCAUUAUCUCCACAAUUCACAACAAUAACCGGUGGGAUCAGCAGCUUUGGUCCUCCUACCAUAAUACAAACAGAGCUCUUACUUCCACUACAAAAACCUGCCCUCCCCUAUGUGGCCCCAAUAUCUGGAGGACUGAAAGCCGGCAUGGCCUUUUACGUGCAGGGAGUUGCUGGUACUACAGGUGACCGGUUUUCAAUAAACUUCCAGACUGGGCAAGGUGACGAUGACAUUGCUUUCCAAUUCAACCCCCGAUACAACUCAAAUGUGGUCAUGAACACACUCAGAAAUGGAAGAUGGGAGGCUGAGGAAUUUGGCCCUGACAACCCCUUCCAGAUGGGACAAGCUUUUGAGAUAUUCAUUGUAAUGAAACCUGAAGGAUAUCAAGUAUAUGUGAAUGGCAAGGAGUACUACCUGUUCAAACACCGUAUACCGCUGGACAAAGUGUCAGCUUUAGCUCUUGGUGGAGAUGUUGUUUUUAACAUUGGUGGCUUCAUACAAUCCUGGAGCACAUCUUCAUUUGCUGCAAACAUUCAGACUACACCAGUCAUCCAGACUACAACAAUCAUCCAACCUACACCCACCAUCCAGCCUACACCCACCAUCCAACCUACACCCACCAUCCAACCUACACCCACCAUCCAGCCUACACCCACCAUCCAACCUACACCAACCAUCCAGCCUACACCAACCAUCCAGCCUACACCAACCGUCACGAAGACCUGUCUGGAUUUUUCAAGCUGGUCUCCUUCCACUAUACAUUCACAACUCUUGACUCCAGUCCAAAAUCCUGCUCUUCCCUACGUGGGCCCAAUUUCCGGGGGGUUGAAAGCAGGACUUGCAUUGUACUUGAAGGGAGUUGCAGGUACUAAAGGUGAUAGGUUUACAGUAAACUUCAAAACUGGAAAGGGUGACAAUGAUGACAUUGCUUUCCACUUCAAUCCCCGAUACAACUCGGAUGUGGUCAUGAACACCUUCAGAAAUGGAGGAUGGGAGGCUGAGGAAUUUGGCCCUAACAACCCCUUCAAAAUGGGAGAAGCUUUUGAGAUUUUUUUUGUGUUCAAGCCUGAAGGAUAUCUGGUAUAUGUGAAUGGCAGGGAGUACUAUCUGUUCAAACAUCGUAUUCCAUUGGAAAAAGUCUCAGUGUUGAAUAUUUCUGGAGAUGUUGUGGUGAACCUUGCAGGCUUCAUUCAAAACUGGUAUAGUCUUGGCUUUUUGCGCUGGGGCCUUUCCACCAUACAGUCAGAGUUCUCACUUCCAGUCCAAAAUCCUUCCCUUCCCUAUGUGGGUGCAAUUCCUGAGGGACUGAAAGCAGGACUGGCCUUAUACUUUCAUGGAGUUGUUGGCACUACAGGUGACCGGUUUACAAUAAACUUCAAGACUGGGCGGUCUGACAAGGAUGACAUCGCUUUUCACUUCAAUCCACGACACAACUCGAUUGUAGCUCUGAAUAGCUUUAAAAAUGGAGGAUGGGAGGCUGAGGAAUCUGUCCCUGACAACCCAUUUAAAGUGGGACAAGCUUUUGAGAUGUUUAUUGUCAUCAAGCCUGAAGGAUAUCAGGUAUACGUGAAUGGCAAGGAGUGCUACCUGUUCAAACACCGUAUACCUUUGGAAAAAGUGUCAGUGAUACACAUUGAAGGAGAUGUUACAAUGAACCUGUUUGCCUUCAUACAAAAGUGGAGCACAUCCUUAUUUGCCACACAACUAAGGGGCUUCUUGCGCUGGUCUCCUUCCACCAUACAGUCGGAGCUCUCGCUUCCCGUCCAAAAUCCUGCCCUUCCUUAUGUGGGUCCAAUUACCGGGGGACUGAGAGCAGGAACGGCCUUGUACUUAAAGGGAGUUGCUGGUACUACAGGUGAUCGGUUUACAGUAAACUUCAAGACUGGGCAGGGUGACAAUGAUGACAUUGCUUUCCACUUCAAUCCCCGAUACAACUCGAAUGUGGUCAUGAAUACCUUCAGAAAUGGAGGAUGGGAGGCUGAGGAAUUUGGUCCUAACAACCCCUUCAAAAUUGCAGAAGCUUUUGAGAUUUUUUUUGUUUUCAAGCCUGAAGGAUAUCUGGUAUAUGUGAAUGGCAGGGAGCACUAUCUGUUCAAACAUCGUAUCCCAUUGGAAAAAGUGUCAGUGUUGAAUAUUUCUGGAGAUGUUGUGGUGAACCUUGCUGGCUUCGUACAAAACUGGUAUAGUCUUGGCUUUUUGCGCUGGGGCCUUUCCACCAUACAGUCAGAGUUUUCACUUCCUGUCCAAAAUCCUUCCCUUCCCUAUGUGGGUACAAUUCCUGAGGGGCUGAAAGCAGGACUGGCCUUGUACUUUCAGGGUGUUGUUGGCACUACAGGUGACCGGUUUACAAUAAACUUCAAGACUGGGCGGUCUGACAAGGAUGACAUCGCUUUUCACUUCAAUCCACGACACAACUCGAUUGUAGCUCUGAAUAGCUUUAAAAAUGGAGGAUGGGAGGCUGAGGAAUCUGUCCCUGACAACCCAUUUAAAGUGGGACAAGCUUUUGAGAUGUUUAUUGUCAUCAAGCCUGAAGGAUAUCAGGUAUACGUGAAUGGCAAGGAGUGCUACCUGUUCAAACACCGUAUACCUCUGGAAAAAGUGUCAGUGAUAAACAUUGAAGGAGAUGUUACAAUGAACCUGUUUGCCUUCAUACAAAAAUGGAGCACAUCUUUAUUUGCCACACAACUAAGGGGCUUCUUGCGCUGGUCUCCUUCCACCAUACAGUCGGAGCUCUCGCUUCCCGUCCAAAAUCCUGCCCUUCCUUAUGUGGGUCCAAUUUCCGGGGGACUGAGGGCAGGAACGGCCUUGUACUUAAAGGGAGUUGCUGGUACUAAAGGUGAUCGGUUUACAGUAAACUUCAAGACUGGGCAGGGUGACAAUGAUGACAUUGCUUUUCACUUCAAUCCCCGAUACAACUCGAAUGUGGUCAUGAACACCUUCAGAAAUGGAGGAUGGGAGGCUGAGGAAUUUGGUCCUAACAACCCCUUCAAAAUGGGAGAAGCUUUUGAGAUUUUUUUUGUGUUCAAGCCUGAAGGAUAUCUGGUAUAUGUGAAUGGCAGGGAGUACUAUCUGUUCAAACAUCGUAUUCCAUUGGAAAAAGUCUCAGUGUUGAAUAUUGCUGAAGAUGUUGUGGUGAACCUUGCUGGCUUCAUACAAAACUGGUAUAGUCUUGGCUUUUUGCGCUGGGGCCUUUCCACCGUACAGUCAGAGUUCUCACUUCCAGUCCAAAAUCCUUCCCUUCCCUAUGUGGGUACAAUUCCUGAGGGGCUGAAAGCAGGACUGGCCUUGUACUUUCAGGGUGUUGUUGGCACUACAGGUGACCGGUUUACAAUAAACUUCAAGACUGGGCGGUCUGACAAGGAUGACAUCGCUUUUCACUUCAAUCCACGACACAACUCGAUUGUAGCUCUGAAUAGCUUUAAAAAUGGAGGAUGGGAGGCUGAGGAAUCUGUCCCUGACAACCCAUUUAAAGUGGGACAAGCUUUUGAGAUGUUUAUUGUCAUCAAGCCUGAAGGAUAUCAGGUAUAUGUGAAUGGCAAGGAGUGCUACCUGUUCAAACACCGUAUACCUCUGGAAAAAGUGUCAGUGAUAAACAUUGAAGGAGAUGUUACAAUAAACCUGUUUGCCUUCAUACAAAAAUGGAGCACAUCUUUAUUUGCCACACAACUAAGGGGCUUCUUGCGCUGGUCUCCUUCCACCAUACAGUCGGAGCUCUCGCUUCCCGUCCAAAAUCCUGCCCUUCCUUAUGUGGGUCCAAUUUCCGGGGGACUGAGGGCAGGAACGGCCUUGUACUUAAAGGGAGUUGCUGGUACUAAAGGUGAUCGGUUUACAGUAAACUUCAAGACUGGGCAGGGUGACAAUGAUGACAUUGCUUUCCACUUCAAUCCCCGAUACAACUCGAAUGUGGUCAUGAACACCUUCAGAAAUGGAGGAUGGGAGGCUGAGGAAUUUGGUCCUAACAACCCCUUCAAAAUGGGAGAAGCUUUUGAGAUUUUUUUUGUGUUCAAGCCUGAAGGAUAUCUGGUAUAUGUGAAUGGCAGGGAGUACUAUCUGUUCAAACAUCGUAUUCCAUUGGAAAAAGUCUCAGUGUUGAAUAUUGCUGAAGAUGUUGUGGUGAACCUUGCUGGCUUCAUACAAAACUGGUAUAGUCUUGGCUUUUUGCGCUGGGGCCUUUCCACCGUACAGUCAGAGUUCUCACUUCCAGUCCAAAAUCCUUCCCUUCCCUAUGUGGGUACAAUUCCUGAGGGGCUGAAAGCAGGACUGGCCUUGUACUUUCAGGGUGUUGUUGGCACUACAGGUGACCGGUUUACAAUAAACUUCAAGACUGGGCGGACUGACAAGGAUGACAUCGCUUUUCACUUCAAUCCACGACACAACUCGAUUGUAGCUCUGAAUAGCUUUAAAAAUGGAGGAUGGGAGGCUGAGGAAUCUGUCCCUGACAACCCAUUUAAAGUGGGACAAGCUUUUGAGAUGUUUAUUGUCAUCAAGCCUGAAGGAUAUCAGGUAUACGUGAAUGGCAAGGAGUGCUACCUGUUCAAACACCGUAUACCUCUGGAAAAAGUGUCAGUGAUAAACAUUGAAGGAGAUGUUACAAUGAACCUGUUUGCCUUCAUACAAAAAUGGAGCACAUCUUUAUUUGCCACACAACUAAGGGGCUUCUUGCGCUGGUCUCCUUCCACCAUACAGUCGGAGCUCUCGCUUCCCGUCCAAAAUCCUGCCCUUCCUUAUGUGGGUCCAAUUUCCGGGGGACUGAGGGCAGGAACGGCCUUGUACUUAAAGGGAGUUGCUGGUACUAAAGGUGAUCGGUUUACAGUAAACUUCAAGACUGGGCAGGGUGACAAUGAUGACAUUGCUUUCCACUUCAAUCCCCGAUACAACUCGAAUGUGGUCAUGAACACCUUCAGAAAUGGAGGAUGGGAGGCUGAGGAAUUUGGUCCUAACAACCCCUUCAAAAUGGGAGAAGCUUUUGAGAUUUUUUUUGUGUUCAAGCCUGAAGGAUAUCUGGUAUAUGUGAAUGGCAGGGAGUACUAUCUGUUCAAACAUCGUAUUCCAUUGGAAAAAGUCUCAGUGUUGAAUAUUGCUGAAGAUGUUGUGGUGAACCUUGCUGGCUUCAUACAAAACUGGUAUAGUCUUGGCUUUUUGCGCUGGGGCCUUUCCACCGUACAGUCAGAGUUCUCACUUCCAGUCCAAAAUCCUUCCCUUCCCUAUGUGGGUACAAUUCCUGAGGGGCUGAAAGCAGGACUGGCCUUGUACUUUCAGGGUGUUGUUGGCACUACAGGUGACCGGUUUACAAUAAACUUCAAGACUGGGCGGACUGACAAGGAUGACAUCGCUUUUCACUUCAAUCCACGACACAACUCGAUUGUAGCUCUGAAUAGCUUUAAAAAUGGAGGAUGGGAGGCUGAGGAGUCUGUCCCUGACAACCCAUUUAAAGUGGGACAAGCUUUUGAGAUGUUUAUUGUCAUCAAGCCUGAAGGAUAUCAGGUAUACGUGAAUGGCAAGGAGUGCUACCUGUUCAAACACCGUAUACCUCUGGAAAAAGUGUCAGUGAUAAACAUUGAAGGAGAUGUUACAAUGAACCUGUUUGCCUUCAUACAAAAAUGGAGCACAUCUUUAUUUGCCACACAACUAAGGGGCUUCUUGCGCUGGUCUCCUUCCACCAUACAGUCGGAGCUCUCGCUUCCCGUCCAAAAUCCUGCCCUUCCUUAUGUGGGUCCAAUUUCCGGGGGACUGAGGGCAGGAACGGCCUUGUACUUAAAGGGAGUUGCUGGUACUAAAGGUGAUCGGUUUACAGUAAACUUCAAGACUGGGCAGGGUGACAAUGAUGACAUUGCUUUCCACUUCAAUCCCCGAUACAACUCGAAUGUGGUCAUGAACACCUUCAGAAAUGGAGGAUGGGAGGCUGAGGAAUUUGGUCCUAACAACCCCUUCAAAAUGGGAGAAGCUUUUGAGAUUUUUUUUGUGUUCAAGCCUGAAGGAUAUCUGGUAUAUGUGAAUGGCAGGGAGUACUAUCUGUUCAAACAUCGUAUUCCAUUGGAAAAAGUCUCAGUGUUGAAUAUUGCUGAAGAUGUUGUGGUGAACCUUGCUGGCUUCAUACAAAACUGGUAUAGUCUUGGCUUUUUGCGCUGGGGCCUUUCCACCGUACAGUCAGAGUUCUCACUUCCAGUCCAAAAUCCUGUGAGUCACGCAUGCUUUUCUAAAACUUCUUUACAAUAA